GGUAUCAGCUGGAACCCUCUUCUUCUUCUUUAAACAAAUUGCCUAAAUAAUCCUUCUUCCACACUACUUUAGAUUAAAAAAGAAAAACCAUAUAAGUAACAAAAUAUGUUUUCUAUUCUUUAUUAGUAUCUUCUAGAUUUCUCCCUUCACUCUGUUUAUUUUCUCCCUUCCUUUCUGAAAGAUUCAGAAAAACACCCCAAAUCAAGAACCAAAACCUGAGCUUAAUACACCCUUUUGCUCAAAAUAAUGGUUUGUUCACUAGUUUCCAGUGCAAACCCAUUAUUCUCCAAUGUCCAAAACUUCAGAAAAAACCAAUCUUUAUCAUGUUUGAACAAGUUUGUUUCUUGUUGUUAUCAGCAAAAUCUUUAUCCCAAAACACAUCUGAUAAAGAUAAUAGGCCCUCAGAAAAAAGUUGAGCAAGUUUCUCUUCCUAAUAAUGUCAAGAAAAAAUGUUUUUUUGAGGAAAAGAUUGGGUUUUCUCAAAUGGGAAGUCAACAAAAUAUGGCAAUAUUGUGUGGGGUUGGGUAUUGGGUACAGGGUUUUAGGUGUUUUCCUUGGUUGGCCCUUAAUUUUCACAUGGCAGAUGGAUUAAAUAUGCUUCCAUCUACAUUACAACUUGUGCAGUACUCUGGGAAUUUACCUAUGGUUGCUAAGCCUAUUUAUGGUAUUUUGUCUGAUGCAGUUUAUAUUGGUGGUGCUCAUAGAAUACCUUAUAUUUCUAUUGGAGUUUUCCUCCAGGUUUUGGCUUGGGGUCAAUUGGCAUUAAUCGCUGCUGCAAGUGAAGCGCUUCCUGCUAUUAUGGCAUGUGUUCUUCUUAGCAACGUCGGAGCAUCCAUUACAGAAGUUGCCAAAGAUGCUCUAGUGGCUGAGUAUGGUCAAAGAAACAGAAUUCCUGGUCUACAAUCUUAUGCAUUUAUGGCUUCAGCUGCCGGUGCAAUUUUAGGUAAUUUGAUUGGAGGAUAUUUCCUACUCAAAACACAGCAACCUAAGUUAAUGUUUCUAGCCUUUUCCGCUCUGCUUGCUCUGCAACUAGCAGUGACUUCAGCUACCAGAGAAGAGUCCCUUGUUUUAGCUCAAUCAUUAAAUUACUCUGCUGUUAGGGAACCAAUCACGGAAAUAUUUCGAAAACAGUAUUCGGAUCUUAUGAUAGCAGUUAGAGAAGAAAGUAUUGCUCGGCCUCUUAUAUGGAUUUUUGUGUCCAUUUUAGCAGUCCCAGCCCUCUCCGGAUCUAUCUUUUGUUAUCAGUCACAAUGCCUAAAUCUUGAUCCAUCAGUUAUAGGGAUGUCAAAGGUGAUAGGCCAUAUGAUACUUCUAUCUUUGACAGUCUUGUAUGAUCGGUUUGGCAAAAGGGUUCCAAUGAGAAAACUGAUUAGCGUCGUGCAGAUUACAUAUGCUGCUUCUCUUCUUCUUGACCUUGUACUUGUAAAGCAGCUUAAUCUCAAAAUGGGAAUUCCAAAUGAAUGGUUUGCUCUUUGCUUCUCGGGUCUAGCAGAAACUAUUGCAAUUUUUAAGCUCUUGCCGUUCCAUGUGCUGUUUGCAAGUUUGGCUCCAUCUGGCUUUGAAGGAUCUCUCAUGUCUUUCUUGGCAUCGGCUCUGUGUUUGUCUUCAAUAUUUAGUGGGUUUCUAGGUGUUGCUCUGGCUAAUUUCCUUGGUAUAACGUCCGGUGACUACUCAAAUCUGCAUGUUGGGAUACUUAUCCAGUUUAUUGCAGCACUACUGCCGCUGGGAUGGCUCAGUUAUGUCCCUAUGGCUCAACCUGCAUCUGAAAAGGAAAGGAAGAGAAGUGUAAGUAAAAGAACGAGAAAAAACAGAAGGGUAGGGAAAGUAGUUGUUGAUUCAUUCUAUUCUUAUAGACGCAAAAGAGAAUCUGAUUUUCUGAGAUGAGAAUUUUGUAGCUAGCUGGCAAAUAAUCAGAGUUCAAGAAAAUUUGAGUUGUAUCUUAGUCUAACGAUGAGGAAUUGAUGAUGAGGACAAACGACUCAUGACCAGUCUCUGGUACGUUAUGAAAUUCACCUGUUGUGAGCCAUGCAGCUGAUUUCUUGGAUUAUUUCUGGACUCUGCUGAGAAGCGCAUUUUUUAUUAUCCGGGUGUUAUAAUAAAAGUAACAUUUUUAUUAGAGCUGAUUUCUUGGAUUAUUUCUCGAGGAAAGAAAAUGUAGCCUAUCGACAUUGUGUAAAAUGUUACUUUCAUGAUCUAUGAAUCAUCCGAGUUACAGAGAGUCUAGCGGGGGUCGUUUCCAGAUCCGUAUAGGCACUCCUCACUGAUCCGAAGGCUGGUUUUGAGUAGGAUUCUCGCACUCUAUUGCUUUUUGCAGAUGAUGGCCGCCUCUGAAUUUUGUUAUUCGACAUGCCUAUUUGCAGAGGUAAAGUAAAUUUCUGAAAGAAAAGGUGAAGAAUGUGAAUAUGGUCACUGACACAAUCAAGAGCAACUAGUCUGUUACUGUUUUUGCAUUGGAGGGUUAGCUGUUUAGUUCAUUGAGCUUGUUCAAAGGAUUAAAAAAGGAAAGGAACUUACAGAAGAGAAAAGGUUGCCAGGAUUCUUUUAACUUGGAAAAAAUAUAACAUUUGGUGAUUUCUUUUCAUCUACCUUAACCUUGGUGUGCAGAGUUACUCGAUACUUGUGCACAAGCCUUUCUUCGGAAGCCGCCCUUAUAAAAAAAAGGGUGCUAGGAUGAGGAAGGGUGCUUGUAAAGCUACUAAUCAAUGAAUAUAUUAGUUUCUUUAA